AUGGUUCCUGCAUGUUCUUGCUACGGCACCAUUGGCCACCACAGGACCACGGCUUGCCCCAGCCCCAAAGCGGGCUUCUGCUCCCGCUGCAGCUCCCAGGUGCCUACCACGCCUGAGGGCCUUGCUCAACAUGACUGCCAACCCCGCUGCAUCCUGUGCACCGGGCCGCACGAAACCUGGGCUAGGGGCUGCCCAGGCAAGUACCAUAAGCCCAUCAAGCCCUCCCAGCCAGUCUCCCCACAGCCGGCCUCGCCACCACCUCGUACUCCACGUCAAGGCCGCGCGCCCUUGACUCAACCCAAGUCCGGCUCCCGGUCCAAAGCCCCGCUACCGGCUACUCCGGAACACUUCCCGCCACUCACGGCACCACCUCAGGUGAGUAGCUGGGCAGGGGCUGCCUCUCAGCCUCUCCCCUCCCUUCCCUCGGCUGCCCCUAACUCGCUGGAACUCACUCUCGAGCGGCAUAACUCCGAGCUUCAGCGCCAGGUUGCAGCUCUGGCAAAGCAACUCGAGUCUUCGCUCCCAACUCCUUCCCCCUAA